AUGUCAUCAAAAAGAUUCUUGAAUAUCAACCUAGCCAUGCGGUUUGAUGAUAAACUGUUGCGGCCAGACCGCCACAGGAGGGAUAAGAUGGCCCCGAUCAGAGACCUGUGGGACAGAUGGAGCAGCCGACUCCCUAAGAUGUUUAACCCGGGAAGGGACAUCUGUAUCGUCGAACAGCUGGUCCCUUUUAGGGGACGCUGUUCAUUUAGGCAAUACAUGCCCUCCAAACCUGGGAAGUAUGGCCUGAAGAUUUGGGCACUCUGCGAUGCUCAGACCUCCUAUGCAUGGAGGCUCCAAGUUUACUUGGGAAAGUCUGCCUCAGCACCACAUGAGCGCAACCAGGGCAUGCAUGUUGUACUGGAGCUCACAGAUGAGCUCGAGGGCCACACUGUAACAAAAGAUAACUUUUUUACAUCUUUACCUCUUGCUGAGGAGCUGCAGAAGAGGAGGAUGGCCCUGGUCGGGACACUGAAGUCAAACAAACCUGAGCUCCCCCACCAGCUGUUCAACACCAAACGCAGAGAAGUGCUUUCCUCUGUGUUUGCCUUAAUGUACAACAAGACCACUGUGUCCUAUGUCCCGAAAAAAAGGAAAAAUGUCCUGCUUUUGAGCACAAGACAUCGGGAGCCGGAGGUCCAGGAAUCUAGGAAGAAAAAACCUCAGAUCAUUCUGGACUACAAUAGAUGCAAAGGGGCUGUCGACCACCUAGACCAGGUAAUUACAAAUCACAUAUUUAUUUUACUUACUGGUAUUUAUUUACAGUUGCUCAUUACAUAUUGUUGUGUGAUAAAGUAG